GUUCCAUCCCGCAACGUUGGCUGCCUAUCUGGCCUGGCAGUUGUCCGAUUCUCUCCUCGUUGAGGUCCUGCGCUCUCUCUUUCUUGCAUGUUUCUGCCAACUCUCUCUGCUCGGGCCUGUCUGUCAUUGCGGUCGCAAUCGGUCUUUUCCUCUCCGACUUCCCCGUUAUCCUUCCAGCCAGUCCCCUUCGAUUUCCGAACCCGAGUUUGACCAGAUUGCCCCUCGCCGCGUGUCCUACGAAGCCGUCCUCCAGGUCAUGUGCUGGGAUUCGGCUUUCCUCGCUGUGAUAUAAUGUCCCCAGAUGCAGCGGCCCUACCCUCUCCUCCAGACUUUGCACCGUGGGAUAACGCUCCCCGCCGCCCUCAGUCCCUCGGUGGUAUGCAGCCGGGCGGGAAGUCAAUCGCCGCCGAACUAGGAUCGUAUCAGGCCAACAACAGUUAUGCGUCCCCCGCCGGGUCUCAACCGGCUCGAUUCCCCAAUAUCAAGGAUCUUCAAGAUGAAGCAGCAGCGCUUGAUCUAAACGACAAUACAUCGCUAAGCGUUCUGCUGGAGCGAGCGCAAGUGGCCAUAGAUCGAGCCCGUGAGCUUGCCGACACCGACCAACUGGAUCGGGCUUAUGUGCAUUACCUGCGAGCGUCGGAGAUCACAAUAAAUUUAAUACCUAAUCACCCUGACUACCGAGCCACUGCCAGCCAACGUCCAGGAUGGUACAAACGAUUCGGGGAGUUGAUGAUGGUAUGCCGUGGCUUCCCAAAGCACAUCCAGUGCUGUGACAAGUCGUGAUGUCUAAUAUUCGUACAAUGGUGGCUAAUCUGAUGGUGACAGGCUGUGCGGAUGAAGCAAGGGACAAUGGAUGAUAUCAAACAACAAAUACUGGAGAACAAUUUGCUGAGCAACGUGCAGCCUGGUGGGGUGUCUCGGUCGAACCCUCCACGACCAAGAUCACAAGUGGUGUC